CAGCCACUGCCCCGAAACACUUCCGGAGCCGUUCACUGUCCCGGAAGUGACAUCAGCGUCAGAAGUUGGCAGGCUAGCAGGUUUUAACAGACCUUCAGUAUGAGCAGCCCUGAAGGUGAACAGAAAUGCAGCGGAGCAGCUGGAAAACCCAGAGAGAAGGAGGAGGAGGACUUCUACGACUGUUGGGAGACUCUGGAGCCUCCAGACCCCAGAGAGGAAGAGGAGGAGACACGACAGGAUGCAGAAGGGUCGAAGAACUGUCAAAUUAAAACUGAGAGACUAACUGAAAGAACAGACGACACACAGACUGACACAGGAGGAGGAGGACUGCAUCACGAGGAGGAACAGGGAGACAAGCUGCAGGAGGAGGCGCAGGGAGACAGGCUGCAGGAGGAGGCACAGGAAGACAGGCUGCAGGAGGAGGCACAGGGAGACAGGCUGCAGGAGGAUUCCGAUUCAGAGAUGAAGGAGGUGAAUAGCCAGGGGGUCGAGUUUGAUGAUGACUACUUGAGGGAGGUGGAGAAGGAGCUGACAGAGGAGGAGAAGGAGAGUCGACGGCAGCAGAGUUUAACUCUGAAGGAAAAAGGAAACAGCCAGUUUAAAGCUGGGGACUGGUCGGAGGCGGAGCACAGCUACACGGAGGCUUUGGUCUUGUGUCCAGUUUGUUUCAGCAGAGAGAGAGCCGUACUGUUCUCCAACAGAGCUGCCGCAAGACUGCACCUGGACCUGAAGGAUCGGGCGAUCUUGGACUGCACCAGAGCAAUAGAGCUGAAUCCAGACUACGUACGGGCAUUGCUGAGGAGGGCGGAGCUUUAUGAGCAGACAGAGAAGCUGGAUGAGGCUCUGGAGGACUACAAGAAGGUUCUGGAGCGAGACCCAAACCAGACCAGCGCCAGAAAGGCCUGCAUGAGGUUACCUCAGCAGAUUCAGGAGAGAAAUGAGAGGUUGAAGGAGGAGAUGAUCAGUAAGCUGAAGGACCUGGGGAACAUGGUCCUGAGACCAUUCGGACUUUCCACCAACAACUUCCAGGUGAAUCAGGAUCAGGAAACCGGAUCCUACUCCAUCAACUUUGUCCAGAACCCAAACAACAACAACAGAUGACGUCACGAUGACAUCACUGUGGACAGUGAUGACAUCACAGCAGAUUGUCAAUAAACAUGUUUGUGUUUCAAAGUUAAAGUUAAAUAAAGUUUGACUGAUGAGUUUACUGUUUUAUUUGAACCAUUGUCAUCAG